CGUUCUGUUGUGAGCACUGCGCACACUCAGUAGAGGUCACGUGAGUGACGUAGGACAGAAGAGAGACGCUCACGCAGGUUGACGGAGAUAAAGAGAGAGCAGCAGUUGAUCCACCAUGGUGAAAGGAGACGCGAAUAAACCCAAGGGCAAGACGUCUGCGUACGCAUACUUUGUGCAGACGUGCCGUGACGAGCACAAGCGCAAGACUCCCGACGUGCCCGUCAACUUCUCCGAGUUCUCCAAGAAAUGCUCCGAGAGAUGGAAGUUACUGAACGCAUCAGAGAAGGUCAGGUUUGAAGACAUGGCCAAAACGGAUAAAGUGCGUUUUGACAAGGAGAUGAAGACUUAUGUGCCACCCAAAGGUGUCGGCAAGAAGGGCAGACAAAAGAAAGACCCCAAUGCUCCUAAACGUCCCCCAUCUGCAUUUUUUGUGUUCUGCUCUGAGCACCGACCAACGGUGAAGAGCGAUUAUCCCGGUCUGUCCAUUGGAGAGACUGCCAAGAAAUUGGGCGAGUUGUGGUCCAAACAGGGCACCAAAGACCGUGCACCCUAUGAGCAGAAGGCCAUGAAACUGCGUGAGAAAUAUGAGAAGGAUGUUGCGGCGUACCGUGCUGGGGGCGCAGCAGCUUCGAAGAGAGGACCGGGUCGACCCACCGGCUCUACUAAAAAAGCCCAUGAUGAUGAUGACGACGAUGACGAUGAGGAAGAAGAGGAUGAGGAGGAAGAAGAGGAGGAUGAUGACGACGAUGAUGAUGAAUAAAGUGUUUGUGUGUGUAAUGCAUCAUCACUGAUGGGGGGGGUUUAGGGUUUCAUGUUCUCUUAUGAAUUUUUCAUGUACAUGUUUUUACUUAAAAACAGCUCCAACAAUAAUGAAAGUGUAAUGUGGUUUUUUUUUUUAGAUUUACUUUUUAUUUUUUUACACUUCUAACAGUUGGUCCAACAUUGUGUAGAAAUGCAUUUUUUUUUAUAAUAAAUUUCAAUGAUUUUGAAA